CGGAAGCCUGGGCCACCGCAGCGCCGCCGCCGCCGCGCGCCUCGCCCCGCCCGGGCCCGCCGCGCAGCCCCCCGCUCACUUCCAGCCCGGAAAGUACUUCCCGUCGCCGCUGCCCAUGGCUUCGCACACAGGUCAGUGCCAGCCGGGCGGGCGCGGGAGAGGAGACCCUGCCGCGAGGUGGGCACGGUCGAGGGUCGGAUGGGAGCCUGCCCCUCCUCUCUCGGAGCGUUUGCGGAGAAGCCUUCGGUUUCAUUUCCCUGCUCCGGCACCGGUGGCGGCCCGCGCGUCCUGCGGGGGCCCCCCGAGCCGGAUCAUCGCGGUUUAGAGCGCCCUUCCCCGGGGUCCCCCAGGGUCUCGGAGGGGCAGACCCGGAGCCGGCUAAAAAUAAAGCCUUUCCCCUCCUGCACCCUCCCCCACCCCUUCCUGCCGAAGAACUAAAUUCCGCGGAAACCUCAUUUCUGCAUUUUGCAUUCACAUCCUUAAGACAUUCCGGGGCUGGGACAACGAGGCCACUUUUCUGCGGGAACAAAAACGGCUGUUGUGACUUGGGGAGGGGAGUGCCGCGGCCUCUCGGAUUAGGGCGGUGUGUGCGCGGGGUGAGCGUUAAUAGGGACUGCUGGUGUAAGACGAGCAAAUCCUGUUUCUAUAUAAAGCCUUGAAGUGUCAGGGCGAGAAUGGGUUUGCAGGGGAUGCAUUUGCUUUAACAAGUGCCUCUGGUAUCCUGCUAAAGCCGGACAAAGCGUGGCCAGAUCGUGGCCCAGCCUCUCGGCCUGCGCUCUGGGGGAGGGCAACGCCGGCGCCGGCUCGGCUGGGGGCGGCGCGGGGGCCGCCGCCGGAUUUCGGUGCAGGCGAGUUCGCAGAUUUGCUCCAAGAGAAGAGAGCUGGGGCCUCCCUGCACUCCAGUCCUCUCCCGGGAAAGAGCUGUUCCUUGGCAGAGCUGACCCAAAUCUCCAGAACGGUCCCCCUCUGGGGUGGCUUCGAUACUACUUGUCGAGCCAGGUCAGAGGAGAAGCAGGGCCAGGCAGAGGGUGGCAAAGGGGCCUCUACCUCGCCGAGACCCUGGAGGUCACUGGCCAGCGCCGGCUGAGCUUGCAGGAAGCCAGAGUGGCUGCGCGUUUGGGGACCCGCUGGUCACCCUGGAAGCCAGCAGCCGCCUGAUGGGAAACUCUCCGGCCUCCUCUUUCAUGGGCAGUUUCCUCACCAGCAGCCUGGGCUCGGCAGCCUCUGCGCACCCCAGUGGCCCCACCCCGUCUCCCUCGGAUCAGGCCUACCGGGGCUCACACCCCGCCACGUCCCAGAUCUGGUUCUCCCACUCCCAUGAAGCUCCAGGGUACCCCAGAUUUUCGGGGAGUCUGGCAUCCACCUUUCUACCCAUGAGCCACUUGGAUCACCAUGGAAACAGCAAUGUUCUCUAUGGGCAACAUCGUUUCUAUGGAACCCAAAAAGAUAACUUCUACCUGCGCAACCUGCCCCCCCAGCCCACGCUCCUGCCCGCCAACCACAACUUCCCCAGUGUGGCCCGGGCCGCCCCUGGCCACCCCAUCGGCUCCUGCAGCCGCGACAGGGGCGAGGCCAGCCACCUACAGAAGGGCACCAAGGAGUUCGACCGCUUCCUCAUGGGCAAAGAGAAAGCCGGCAAGGCAGCUGAGGGCAAGGAGCGGCCGGCGGCGGAAGAGGACGUCGGCCGGGGGCGGCACAAGCUGGUGCUGCCUGUGCCAGGGGACUCUCACUGCAAGGAGGGCAACGUGGCCCGGGGAGCCUGCGAAGGCCGCCCCAAGCACCUGGCCUCCUGCCUUCUCAACACCAAGGUGCUCGACGGUGAGCUGGGCCGGUCCGCGCUGGCCAGCUGCGCGGGGGCCGUGCUAGGGCGGCCGGGUGUGGGCAUGCCGGCCUCUGGACGCUGCACCAAGGAGGCGGCGGGCCCCACAGAGCCUGGGCCAGCCUUCAGCGAGUGCCUGGAGCGGAGGCAGAUGCUGCACCACGCCGUGUCCUACACAGUGCCGUCCGGCCUGCCCGCGGGGCCGCCCCCUCCCCUCAGCACGGCCGCAGCCGGCCCCUUCCCCUGCCUGCAGCUGCAUGGGGGCCCGGAUGGGCUCUGCCCCUUGCAGGACAAAGUCCCCCGGGACCUGAAGGCCAGCGGGCCCACCUUCGUGCCUUCCGUGGGACACCUGGCCGACAAGAGCCGCCCCUUCCAGGCGGCCGAGGCCUGUGCCGUGGUGGGUGAGGGCAAGGACCGGCACCUGGAGGCGGCCGCCGCGCCUGACCAUGCUGCGCCUUACGGGGUCUCCUAUGCCCACCUGAAGGCCGAGAGCAAGGGCGAGCGGCGGUCCGGAAGCUUCGAAGCGGCCCUCAACCCCCGGCUGAAGGGCCUGGAGUACCUGGACAGCGCCGGCCCCGAGGCCCCCUUUCCUGGGCUCCCCAAAGCGGGUCUGGACAAAAGCGGCUACUUUGAGUUGCCCGCCCCCUCGCAAGACUGCGCCCGGCCUAGUCACCAGGACCCACUGGGCGGGAAGGUCACCCAGGCCUGCUGCACUUUAGACAAGGCUGCCAGCAAGGAGACUCCUGUGGGUGCCCCCGGGGCCCAGAAGGUGGCUCGCAUCCGGCAUCAGCAGCACCUGGUGGCCCCUGAGGUAGAACCGGGGGGCAGCGGGGCCGAGGCCAAGCGCAAGUCUCUGGAGCUGGCGUCUCUGGGCUAUGGCGGGCCGCCCCCGCCCCCGUGGAACGUCCAGUCAGGCCAGGGGGCCCCCAUGGCCAUUGGUGAGGAGCGCAAGGCGGGUGCCUAUCUGGACCCCUUUGGUGGCACCCUGCAGCAGGCCGCCCUCCUGCCGCAGGACCUGCCUGCCCCGCCUGACGAGGUCUCGGCCAUGAAGAACCUGCUCAAGUACAGCAACCAAGCGCUGGUCGUCGGCCAGAAGGCACCCUUCGUGGGCCUGGGGGGCCUGAAGGCCAGCUGUGCCCAGCAGGAUGGGAAGUUCCCGAACUCCAAGGGUGCAGGCCAGGCCUCAGGCGAGGUGGAAAGGCCUGACUGUGCCCGAAGCCGGGAGCAUGAUGCCACCCACAGUGAUGGGGAGGUGCGGCAGCCGCCAGUGGGCAUUGCAGUGGCCUUGGCCAGGCAGAAGGACACGGUGAGCCGGUCGGAGUCAGCCUACGGUGCCAACACAGGGCGUCAGGGCCGGGCAGCCCCCGCCUUCAAAGCUGGUGGUGGGCCCCGCUCCACCCACCCACUGGACCUGGAGGCCGAAGAGGAGAGGGCCCGCCUAUGUGAGGACCGCCUGGGGCUCGCCGGCCGCGAACUGCUGCUGCAGGACAACAAGGACCUCGUGGAGUUCGCCCGGAUCCACCCAUCAGGCGGCUGUCCCGGGGACCUGGCCCCCCAUCUCAUGAUCGCUGGGGGAUCCUCCCUGCAGAGCGGCCAGCUGGCCGGGGACCCGGCCCCCCAUCCCCACCCUGCCCACCCUCCCUGGCUGCCCCGCACCCGCAGCCCCUCCUUGUGGAUGGGAGGACAUUCCUACGGCCUUGGGCACCCUGCCCUGCACCAGAAUCUGCCCCCCGGCUUCCCUGCAUCCGUGCCUGGCUCCAUGCCCCCCGUCUUCCCUCUCUCCCAGGACGCCCCCACACAACUAGUCAUCCUGCCAUCUGAGCCCACACCCCACACGGCCCCCCAUGCGCUUGCUGAUGUCAUGGACCAGGCUUCGCUGUGGCCCCCCAUGUAUGGGGGCCGGGGCCCCGCCUCCCACAUGCAGCACCCCGGCCAGCUCCCCGUCUACUCCCGGUCCCAGUUCCUGCGGCAACAGGAGCUCUAUGCCCUGCAGCAGCAGCAGCAGCAGCAGCAGCAGCGGGCCACUCAGGCCCUGGAGCUGCAGCGGGCCAGCCAACUCCAGCAGAAGCCUGAGGACCACCACCUGGAGCUGGAGGAGCCUGCCCAGGAGAAGGCCUUGAAGUCCACCCACAAGCCAGUUGCCUUAACCCCCACGGCCAAGGGCACCCCCUCACCUGCCACCGCAGGCCCUGCGAAGCUGUCACCCUGCUGCCACUCUCCCGCCCCGAAGCCCCCCCCCGCCAGCUGCCCUACACCACCACCGCAUCCUGGCGCCCCGUGCACUUUAUCCGUCUGCCCCACCGGCAGCCCCGGGCCAGGCUCCAAGCUGCCCAGCGCCGAAGACAAGAGUGGGGAGGGCCAGCGGCCCAGAGCCGACCUCAACACGUUGGAACCAGACCUGCCUCCUGGAUACACGUGCCCUGCGGCGGCCAGCUCGGGCUUCUCCCUGCCCCGCAGCGUGCACUCAUCUGACCUCUCGGACCCUGAAACUAUGCAAACUGCCCCUCUGGGGGCCCAGCCUGAGCUGGCCAGGACGUUCCCGCCCGGGGAGCGCUGCCUCCGCAGCCCCCAGAAACUGGAGGAGGCUGGGCUGCCCUCAGGGACCAGGGAGGCCACCCAGGACCUUGCCGCUACCCCCUACCCUGCCGAGCGGGCACCCCCGGGGAAGGCAGCAGACCCAAGCCCGCUUGAGGGGCUGCGAGAACUUCGGUGCGGGGCUCUCCUCGAGGGAGGGGGCCCUGAGGCCUCUGGCCAGGCUGAUUCUACUCAGGGAGGAGGGGCCCCAGAGGCAAGGACCACGGAGGAGGGGCGGGAGGACGGACAGCUGGGGCCCUCGUUGGGGGCUGGUCCCCAGGCCGUGGAACAGCCAGCGAGGAGCCUGGGCACCCUGAAUCAGGCCGAGCCGGGCAAACAGCAAGGCCCUACAGAAGCAGAGGCAGAGGAGGUGGCCGAGUUGGAGGAGGCUGAGCUAGAAGAGGAGGAAGAGGAGCAGGACUGGGGUUCGACUCCUGACAACAGCCAGCUGCCCGGGGAGCUGCCCGGGCUGGACGCUCUGGUGGCAGCCACCAUCAACCUGGGGGACCUGCCCAACGUCGGCCCACUGGACCCUCCGCCCCCUGCUGUCCCUGGGCCACCCCGCACAGCUCCCCUGCCCCGUAGCUCAGGGAUUCAUGGAAUUGCCCUGCUCAGCGAGCUGGCCGACCUGGAGAUCCAGCAGCAGAGGACUGAGCCAGCCCUGCAAGAGGAGGAGGAUGUGCUGGCCUUCAACCUGCAGCGCCUGGCCACCCUGGCCUCAGCCUGGUCCCUGGUCGAAGCUGCUAACCUGGACAGCCCUGCCUCCUUGGCCCAGCCCCCUACCGCUGACCCCUGCAGGGCUCCCACGCUCACCCCCCGCAUGCAGAUCCUGCGGCGCAAGGACACCUGGACCCCCAAGACCAAGCCUGUGUGCCCGCUGAAGGCUGCCAUCGAUCGGCUGGACACGCAGGAGGUGGAGAUGCGCGUGCAGCUGGCGGAGCUGCAGAGGCGCUACAAGGAGAAGCAGCGGGAGCUGGCCCGGCUGCAGCGCAGGCACGACCAUGAGGCAGUGACCUCUGCUGGACGCUUGCCAGGGAGCCAGGAAGGGCAUCAGUCUCUGACCACCCUUCCUGCGGUCCCCAGGAGAGAGGAGAGCUCAAGGAGCCCUGCCAGGCGAGGGCCUGGCCGGCCACGGAAGCGCAAAUACUCCAGUUUGCUGCCUGCCCUGCGCCCCAGCGACAGCAAGAAAGUCAAGGCUGUGCGGUCUAGCCUGAGCCUGCUAUGUGCUGAGCUGCGGGGCGGCGAUGAUGAGCCUUCGAAGAAGCGAGGCCGGCUGGAGCAGGGCACCUACGUGGGCCUGCAGCCCACGUCUGCGGAGAAGGUUCGGUGCAAGAAGAGCAGCAGUCAGGGCGACCUGGCAUCUGCUGUGGCCCACAAGGUAGCCCAGCUGAAGCCGAAGGUCAAGAGCAAGGGGCUGCCCACUGGCCUCAGCCCCUUUCGGCGAAAGGAGGCCACCCCAGGGGGUCGUAUCCGGAAGAAGCUGUCACGAGCCAAGAAUGCCAAGGCGUCUGGGGCGGCCCGGCACCCACAGCCCGACGGCGGCAUUGGUGGCAGGGAGGCCCCUAAGUUCCCAGCCCAGCCGGCAGCGGCCGCAACACGUGAAGCAGACAGCGGCUCAGACAGUGAAAACUGUGACGGUCUGCUGGAGACAGAAGAACCCCCCAAGGAGCCUGGGCUGGUGCUACAUGCUGGGACCCGCAUGGCCGUGCUGGGGCCCUCGCCCUCCUCCGUGGUCAAGAUGGAGGCCAACCAGAAGGCCAAGAAGAAGAAGGAGAGGCAGAGCUUGCUAGGAGCCUGCCGCCUCUCCAGCCCCGAGAGUGAGGUCAAGGUCAAGCGGAGGACGGUGAAGACCAAGGUGGGCAGCAAGCUGGAGCGGGCCCCAGGGCGCAGGCCCCCAGGGGGGCCCGGCAAGAAGAAGGCCAAGGCCAAGGCCAAGAGCGGCCUGCGGGCUGAGCCGGGGGCCGCGCCCAGCAGGGACGCCCUCUGCGGCCCUGCCCGGGCCUUCGCCUGCCAUGAGGAGGGCAGCAGGCUGGCCAGCGAGCGCCUCAAGAGAGCCACACGCAAGAGCACGGUGCUCCAGCCGGGGCUGCGGCGGAAGAAUGGGGCCCUGUCCAUUGCCCUGUCGCCCCGCAACGCCAAGGCCAUCCUGGGGAGGGGCCGGAAAGCGGGCAAGGUGAAAACCAAGGCCGUUGGCAAACAGGGCAAGGGCCGGGCGGUCACUCGGCUCCUGGAGAGCUUUGCGGUGGAGGACGACUUUGAAUUUGAGGACAGCAGCUGCCUCUCAGAGGAUGAGGAGGAGGAGGAGGCCAGUGGCCCCCUGAGCGCAGAGCAGAGCGCCGCCCUGGCACGCUCAUGCACCAUUCAUAAGGAGGACCUGCAGGACGGGCUACCUGUGCUCAUCCCCAAGGAGGACAGUCUGCUGUACGCGGGCAGCGUCAGGACCCUGCAGCCCCCUGACAUCUACAGCAUUGUCAUCGAGGGCGAAAGAGGCAACCGGCAAAGGAUCUACUCACUGGAGCAGCUGCUGCAGGAGGCGGUUCUGGAUGUCCGACCGCAGUCCAGCCGGUACCUCCCACCCGGCACGAGGGUCUGUGCCUACUGGAGCCAGAAGUCCCGCUGCCUGUACCCAGGCAACGUGGUACGAGGCACCUCCAGUGAUGAGGAAGAGGACCUGGACUCCGUGGUGGUGGAGUUCGACGACGGGGACACUGGCCACAUUGCUGUCUCCAACAUCAGGCUGCUGCCUCCAGACUUCAAGAUCCAGUGCACCGAGCCCUCGCCAGCCCUGCUGGUGUCCAGCAGCUGCCGGAGGACCAAGAAAUCUUCCUGUGAGGCGCCCCCGCCCAGUGAGGCCACCGCUCCCAGCCUGUCUCCUAAGGCUCGUGACGGGUCCGAAGCCUCAAAGACCUCCGGGAAGAAAUCCACAGGCAAAGACAAAGCUGGCAAAACAGAGCUCCUGACCUCUGGUGCCAAGCCCCCCGCGGGGGCCUCAGACCACUUCUUGGGCCGCCGGGGCAGCCCGCUGCUGAGCUGGUCGGCGGUGGCGCAGACCAAGCGGAAGGCGGUGGCCGCGGCAGGCAGCAAGGGGCCAGGAGUGCUGCAGAACCUCUUCCAGCUCAACGGCAGCGCCAAGAAGCUGCGGGCCCGCGAGGCCCUGUUCCCCAUGCACAGCGUGGCGCCACCCGUGUUCGGCAACGGCUUCCGCGCUGACUCCUUCAGCAGCCUGGCCAGCUCCUACGCGCCCUUUGUCAGCGGGGCCGGGCCUGGCCUGCCCGGGGGGGCCCACAAGCUGCUGCGGGCCAAGAAGGCCGAGGUUGAGAAGGGCGGGCGGCGGCGGACAGGCGGCGAGUUCCUGGUCAAGCUUGACCACGAGGGCGUGACCUCCCCCAAGAGCAAGAACUGCAAGGCGCUACACGCUGGCGACAAGGACUCGGGGCCCAGGCCAGGGAGGCCCCUGCCCAGCCCCAGCUACGGGCACCCAGCCCUCGUGGGCAAGGACAGGAAGGGGCGGGCACCCGUCCACCCGCUGCCCAUGGGGCUGGCGCUGCGCAAGUUCGCGGGCCAGGCCGAGUACCCGCUGCCCUGUGACAGCGACUGCCACAGCUCCUACUCAGACGAGGAGGAAGACGGGCCUGGCCUGGCACCCGGCGUGCCCUCCCGCUUCCUCGCCCGCCUGUCCGUGUCCUCCUCGUCCUCGGGUUCAUCCACCUCCUCCUCCUCUGGCUCCCUGUCCACCUCCAGCCUCUGCUCCUCGGACGACGAGGGCUCUUCCUACAGCUCAGACGAGGAGGACCCCGCCCUGCUGCUGCAGACAUGCCUCACCCACCCAGUGCCCGCGCUCCUGGCCCAGCCCGAGGCCCUGCGCUCCAAGGGGGGCGGCCCGCACCCGCACGCCCAGCGCUGCUUCCUGUCCAGGGCCACCGUGGCCGGUGGGGGUGCGGGCGCGGGCCCCAGCAGCAGCAGACCCCGGCUCAAGCGCAAGGAGGCCCUGAGCUUCUCCAAAGCCAAAGAGCUGUCCCGGAGGCAGCGGCUGCCCUCCGUGGAAAACCGGCCAAAGAUCUCAGCCUUCCUGCCCGCCCGGCAGCUCUGGAAGUGGUCGGGGAACCCCACGCAGAGGCGUGGCAUGAAGGGGAAGGCCAGGAAGCUGUUCUACAAGGCCAUCGUCCGGGGCAAGGAGACGCUUCGCAUCGGGGACUGCGCGGUCUUCCUGUCGGCCGGGCGGCCCAACCUGCCCUACAUCGGCCGCAUCGAGAGCAUGUGGGAGUCGUGGGGCAGCAACAUGGUGGUGAAGGUCAAAUGGUUCUACCAUCCGGAGGAGACCAAACUGGGGAAGCGGCAGAGCGACGGGAAGAACGCGCUGUACCAGUCCUGCCACGAGGACGAGAACGACGUGCAGACCAUCUCCCACAAGUGCCAGGUCGUAGGGCGCGAGCAGUACGAGCAGAUGACACGGAGCCGCAAGUACCAGGACCGACGGGACCUCUACUACCUGGCGGGCACCUACGACCCCACCACGGGGCGCCUGGUGACGGCCGACGGCGUGCCCAUUCUGUGCUGACUCUGCGCGGACGGCCGCAGGUGACCCACCCGCCCAGCGGUGCCCGGCGUGCAAGCCACAGGCACGAGAGGACGCAGCCCCACGCCUCUGAGUAGGAGGCUGGCCCACACCUCGGAGGGGCGAGUCUGAGCAAAUAUGCAAACCCACCAAGGCAAGAUCCAGGCUUUUUAUUAUUAUUAUUAUUAUUAUUUUCCCUGGAAAGCGAGAGAGCUUUUAGGCGUCGGAACCCAGUCCCAUCCGUCUGCUGCGGAGGGUCAGCUGUGCCCCCAACUGGGAUCCGCCGGCCCUCUCUGUUUUCCCGCAUCGGCAGUUCAUGAGAGAUUAGAAUCCAAGCCAUAUUUUCCCUAGUACCUCCGACUGUCUCCCACCAGGGAAAGCAGAAAUCAGGUGUGUUGUCUAUUUAUUUCUCUAUGUAAAUAUUGUAUUCCUUGCGGGGAAGUUUUAUGGAAAAAAAGUGGAAAAGGAUUUUUUUUUUCCCCACACGCGUGACAAGGGUGUGUGUGGGUGAGUGUGUGUGUGUGUCUGUGUAUGUGUGUGUGUAGAGAUUUUGUUCUGGGGGGUCUUCUUUGAAAAUGCACUGUUUUCCUCAGCCUAGCUGAGUUCCAACUGGGGUGUCUGUAACAACAGAGGCAGGUGGGGCGUGGUCCGAGGGGCCAGAGGCCACAGGAGGGAUCAGACAGAACCCUAGAUUAUACCUGCUGACCUCUUGGGGGGACUGUCUAAGAUGGAAGUCACACUCGAGUUUAUUUCCUUUUAAUUCAUCUCCUGGGGAAAAAUGUAUUGGGGGAGGUCGAUGAUGAGGGUCCCUUGCGGGGUAGGAGGGACGCCAGAAGCAGGCUCCCCAGCCCAAGACUGUGACUGCAGCCAUAUGUAUCUUACCUCUAUUUAAAACAAAGCAAAAAUGAACAAAUGUUUUAAACUAUCAAUAUGAAAGGAUGAUGUUUUGAUUUGAUUUCCUGAAUAUUCCAAGUUAUUUCCGAUUUCCGUUUCAAUGACCAUCUUGCCCAGCCUCCACUGAGCAGGAAAGGAACUGGCCCUCCCCAACUCACGUGGAGUUUUGCAGGCCUUUUCUGCAGCCGCUUGGCAGGGCCGAUGACCUGGCAGGCUAGUGCUUGGGGCCCAGAGCAGGGUUCCUCCUGCCCACACCCCAGCCUCGGGUACAAGGAGCGCUGCUCUGCCCAGCACCAUAAUUACUGUUGUGCCGCAUGCGUGUCCCAGACCCUCAGCACCACCCCAGUAAUCCCGGAGAACAUGUCACCCCUUCACUUUUUCUGAGGCCAAGAGGGACAGGCAGGGCAAACCAGGCCCGUGACCCAACAGCCCUUCCCUCCCCCCCAAAAACCGCACUGAGGGAUCCAUGCUCCCAUGUCACGCUAAGGGUCCCCUGGCCUCACUGAGAGCCCCAGGAAGGCCCCCCACGUUAGCCACUGCUCCUUAGCACGGGCUCUUGUGUGACCCACAGACCCACACCAGGUACCUGGGAAAUGAGUCGGCGGGUGCCUGGGCCCGCUUUUCUUUCCAACCAGGAAAUCACCCCGCCCACCCGGAGGGCCCCUCCCCCGCUCCUGGCGGCUCCAAGGAAAGUACAGGGACAGGGAGGGGUUCCCCUGCACCCCAGCUUUCCUCUCCCACCCCAACUCUCCCCUUUGUCUCGGCUCGAGUGCAAUAUUUCAUUCCUGGUGGUCGUCCUGGAGACGGCCGCCAAGGUCCUGCUGGCGGCUGGGGAAGUGGAAAGAUGCCGUGGAGAGGACACAGCCAGCUUCCAAGGCGCAUGUGGGGAAGGGCCAGCCAUGGACAGUAGAACCUGAGGCUACUUCCAACCCCAGUCUGCAAGGCAGGAACGAACAAAACAGGCAGCCUUUUCUUGGCCCUCCCGCCCUCCUGUUGGUUAUUCUCCCUCGUCUGUGGACUUCUGUCCUUUGCUUUUCUCUUCUCAUCCCCUCUGUCCGCGUGUGCGCGGACAGCGCGGCCUCCCACCGUGGUUAAACCUGGCAAAAGCACGACUCAUGUAAAUGUGUAAACUAAGAGGAUGGUUGAUUUUUUUUUCAAUGUAAACACUAAAAACAAACAAACAAAAAAAAAUGCAAAGGUUUUAUGAACAGCAAACUCUAUGUAAAGGCAUUUUAGUAUUAAAUUUUUUAUUGAUAACUUGCUUAAGAAUAAAUAUAUAAACUAUUGUACAGGU